AUGUCGAAGACCCAAUACGUAGAGGAAGGCGGUAACGGAACGGGGGAACCGGACGGCAGGAUGUUGGAGAAUGGAACGGAGAGAGAAAACAACAAAGUUGAGACCAACACGGAACACUUUGCGGGACAAAACAAGCCGACUCUAGAUCAGCAGGAUGACCCGGAAGGACAAAAGGAAGAGCUACCCUCACCUUUUCUCAAACGCGAGGAUCAAGGCAACUCGGACUCGGAGUCUUCACUCGAGUACCUAGAGGAAAACGCCACAUUAGCUCAGAUAGACGGUUUGAUAGAGAAAAAUAGCAGUGAGUUAUGA